UGCAGUCGCCCUUUGCCCGGCCUGUGGCGGGGAUGUCAUUUCGUGUGACCGGCAGAUGGAUACCUGUUGCACAGGUGCGAAACCAUGAAAGCCGCCCAGAAGCCGGGCCAGGAGCCGGUUGCAUCUCUCCCUGCCCGGUCCUCUCUUCCCAAACUGCUCUCCGCCCUUUUCUAUGGGACCUGCUCUUUCUUGAUCGUUCUGGUAAACAAGACAGUGCUGACAGUGUACAGAUUCCCAUCUCCAAUGUUUCUAGGAGUAGGACAGAUGGUAACCACUAUUCUCAUCUUAUAUGUGUCAAAAUUAAACAAGGUCAUUCAUUUUCCUGAUCUUGACAAAAGCAUCCCUACAAAGUUGUUUCCACUUCCUCUGAUUUAUAUUGGAAAUCAUAUAAGUGGAUUAUCAAGCAUAGGCAAGCUAAGUUUGCCAAUGUUUACAGUCCUGAGGAAGUUUACCAUUCCUCUUACAUUACUGCUGGAAAUUAUUAUUCUUGGGAAACGCUUUCCGCUGGGCAUUAUAAUCAGUGUGUUUGCAAUCAUUGUGGGGGCCUUAAUAGCAGCAGGAUCAGAUUUAGCUUUCAGCAUGGAAGGCUAUGUUUCUGUUUUGCUGAAUGAUGUCUUCACAGCAGCAAAUGGUGUUUAUACCAAACAAAAAAUUGACCCUCAGGAACUGGGAAGAUAUGGAGUAAUUUUUUAUAAUGCCUGCUUUAUGGUAAUUCCUACAGUUCUCAUCAGUUUUUUCACUGGAGAUUUCCAGCAGGCCACGAAUUUCCAGCAAUGGACAAAUGUUUUAUUUAUCUUCCAGUUUCUUCUUUCUUGUGUGCUAGGGUUUCUUCUGAUGUGUUCUACAGUUCUCUGCAGCCAUUAUAAUUCUGCUCUAACAACUGCAGUAGUUGGUGCUAUAAAAAAUGUGUCUGUUGCUUAUAUUGGCAUGCUGUUUGGUGGAGAUUACAUGUUUAAUAUGUUGAACUUCAUUGGACUCAAUAUCAGCAUGGCAGGAGGGCUGAGAUAUUCAUUCUUGGCAAUACGAGGACAGAACAAUCCUGAUUGCCCCUCCAUAGAUGAAGAAAAAGCAACUCCAGGUUCCAAGAGCUGACUGAAGCAGACAACAUGAAAAAUUACAAAGAUGCCAAUUUAGGCAAAGAUAUUUCCUUAGACAGAA